CUUGCUUUGAUCAACGUCAUGGCCUGGCCAUGAAUUUAAAGCUGAAGCACUUGUGAAACCUGUGGUUCUACUGAUUCCAAUCAUUAUUCUCGCCAAAGCUCGAAGACGCUGAGCAUUUGUUGCAUGCCAUGAUUGGCGUGUGGGGACUUGUCUUGACGCCUCUGCUCACCCUUGCUCAAGCGCAGCUACCCGCAUACAACGGUCGAUAUGGCGUGGGCUACGUGACCAUUGAGGUUCCCGUCUCUGAUCCUAGGAAUACUAGCAACUAUACAAUCUCUUCGACGGGACAGCCCGCAUUUCAACUCGAGACAGUCCUGUUCUCGGCCUAUUAUCCGUCUAGCAAAAACAACGAAUCCACAAAGGCGAGCCCACCGUGGCUCCAAAACAUCGACCUGAUCUCUCUUGGUAUCGCCGAAAGCACAAAUGGGUCCGUGACUGCACAAGUUGUUAAAAUCGGGCUCGAAGCGCUGGCCGGUAGCGCUGUGAUACCCGCUUUCACCGACGUUCCCAUUGUCAACGCGACUGGUUAUCCAGUUUUCAUAUUUUCCCAUGGAGACACGACUCUACCGGAGUGGUAUUCGCAUUACCUUGGAUCUAUUGCCGCGGAUGGCAAUGUCGUCGUUGCAAUCACGCACCGAGAUGGAAGCAAUGCAGGAUCUGUCGUGGAGAUCAAGGGUCAGCCGCCAAAGAACGUGACUUAUAUCUUGCCAGAUCAAUUGAGACCACCCGUGAACGCGACUGGUCUGGCGAUGCUUCAGCGGGCCUUCAGGCAGGCUGAAGUCGAAGAAACGGUGCGCGUCCUAAAAGCAAUCAACGACGGUCAGGGUGUGGACGUAUACCAGAGCAAUUCCCGAGGCGAUGGACAGACCCUUGCUAAUUGGAAGGGUCGACUGGAUUUUGAUAAAUUGGUCAUUGGCGGCCAUUCAUUUGGUGCCACCUCUGCUUUGGAUACAAUACAGUCGCGCCAAGUUUCAAACAGUACUGUACGUGCUGGACUAACACUAGACCCAGGCAAGGAAAGUGGACCGCUAUCCACCAAUGUCCAGGUGCCAAUUUUGAUCCCCGAUUCGGAAGCUUGGUCAAGCCAGCCUUCAGUCUUAUUCGGCAAGGAUUUCUUCACCGUCGUCAAGACCAUAGCUGAGACUUCACUGAAUGCUACCAACGCCGGCUGGUUCAUGACUCUACUCGGCACCGCACAUAGCUCAAUCACCGAUGCCGGUUUGAUUGCUGGUAGCUCUUUGUUGUCGCUGUUCGACAGUACCGCAGCAAACGCCACAUUGGAUCCUGCAACCGCCCUUGCUAAAUACGUUAACGUAUCCCUCGAGUUCUUCAACUAUUUGAAAAAUGGCACUGUAUCCGACAUACUCGCCAUAAACGUCACAGAUCCAACGUACUCGAUUCGUCCGCCAAAUAGCUCAACUCCAGGAAACGAGACAAGCUUCUGGGAAAUCCACGUUGCUCCCAUCUCAAACGCAACGGGUACUUCCACCGUUUCCUCUCCAGGAGCCUCUAGCACAAAGAAAUCAACUGCCAACCGUGAACUGGUGGCAAGCACAGGUAACUUUGUAUUUAUAGCUACAAUGUUGGUUAUCGCUAUGUCAGUAUAGGGAGUAAUACAUGUUGACUUUGUUUUUUCCGUCGAUCAUAUUCAAGGUAGAAUUUCCAUGAGACACUGUUUGCGUGACUCCAAAGGAGCUAUAUGACCUGCUUUCUCUCUUGUUU